CGGCGCCCGAGGCGGAAGCGGAAGCGGCGCGCGCCAGCCCCGGCAGCGAGAGCCGCGCGCCGCCGCCUCCCGCGCCAUGGCGGCCCCGGCGCUGCCGCCGCUGCCGCCGCAGCUCAAGAGCAUCCAGCACCAUCUGCGGACCGCGCAGGAGCUGGACAAGCGCGAGCCCGUGGUGGCGUACUACUGUCGUUUGUAUGCAAUGCAGACAGGGAUGAAGAUUGAUAGUAAAACCCCAGAAUGCCGUAAAUUUUUAUCCAAACUGAUGGAUCAGUUGGAAGCUAUGAAAAAGCAAUUUGGUGAUAAUGAAGCAAUUACUCAGGAAAUUGUUGGUUCUGCUCAUGUGGAGAAUUAUGCCUUGAAAAUGUUUUUGUAUGCAGACAAUGAAGACAGAGCUGGGCAAUUUCAUAAAAACAUGAUAAAGUCCUUUUAUACUGCAAGUCUCCUGAUAGAUGUUCUAACAGUAUUUGGGGAGCUCUCUGAAGAGAAUGCCCAGCACAGGAAGUAUGCCAGGUGGAAGGCAGCAUACAUUCACAACUGCUUAAAGAAUGGAGAGACUCCCCAGCCAGGCCCCAUCGGAAUGGAAGGAGAGAGUUUUGCAGAUGCCGAAAGGGAAGAAGCGGGAUCAUCUUCUGUCCAUAGUGGAACACCUCAAUCAUCAUCAUCAUCAUCUACAUAUGAAGCUAACAAUAUACCAACUAGUAAUUACACUGGCAUACAUAUACCACCAGGUGCCCAUGCACCAGCCAACACUCCAGCUGAAGUACCUCAUAACACAGGAGUGACAAGUAACACCAUUCAGCCUGCUCCUCAGAAUAUUCCUCUAGUUGAUCCUUCCCUUUACAGUGCUCAGUCUACAGGAGAAGUCCGCUUGACUCCAGAGGACUUUGCCAGAGCUCAGAAAUAUUGCAAAUAUGCUGGCAGUGCGUUGCAGUAUGAAGAUGUCAGCACUGCUGUGCAGAAUCUCCAGAAGGCCCUCAAGCUGCUGAUUACAGGCAGAGAAUGAAGAUUUAAUCCAACAGAUUCAUGUCUUUUUCCUAAAGAACUAACAGUUUAUUACUGUACCCGUUAGGGAGGUGGAGUUACACAGAAAUUCUCAAUCCCAUCACUCGUGACAAUGAAACCACUAUUUCAGUGUCAGAUUAGCAAUUAAUGGUACAAUAGGAAUCUCUGUUUUCAUUUUACAGACAGUGGAGCUUGAAAUAUGAAUGCAGUGGCUUGAUGUAUGCAAAAUAUUGAAGAAAGUACUGUGAGCACCAGUCAAGAGUUAGAAUUCAUCUUGCAAUAUUUGGUUUAUCAGAAUUGGAAAAUGCUGACUGUAAAAACCUGGAGAAUUAGGAUAUUCUGUUAAAAUUCUUACUCUUGUUUUAUUAUUGCAAACAAUUAUUUAAUAGGUAUAAUAGCUUUAAAAUAGUAACUAAGGUAAGUUCUUUCCUCCUGAAAUGAGAGCAUGUGAGAAGGCUGACAGGUUCACACUGGGGAGGACUUUUCUAUACAUAAAUUAUUUCAGUAUUUGUGUUAUCUGAGACAUAAGUCUAAUCUGAGGGAGUCUUGAGGACCUUUGUAUUUCAUUUGAAAAUGUGCUGGAAAAAACAUCUCUUGAUACUUCAGAGGGAGGAAUUUUGAUGCUGUUCCAAUCUAAUUCCCCACAGGUGUAUGGACAUUAAUUCUUGAUUAUUGGUUCUUGCUCCUUCUGUGUAAACACUUACAAUUUUGUAUAUGUAUGGAUAAUUAAGAGAAAAUGUUAAUAUUUAUCAACAAUGAUCCCAAAACUGGAGGCAGAGAUUCUUAAUAAUUUGAACUGUCAAGAAGACUUACUGAAAGAAUAAAGCUGUUCCAUCUUUUUAAGAGGCUGGAAGAAAGCUUGUUGUUCAGCCAUUGAAAUACUAUAGGUUUGUCUCUGGUAUUAGUGUCAUAGAGCUUUGUAUUUCCAACUAAUUUUUUUUCUGUCUGUUUUGUUGUGAAGACUUUUUGGACUUGAGAUUUAAUUAAAAUAUCUUGGAAACUGAGUAUUUAUGAGGUCUACCACUGUAGUUAUAGAGCUCUUGGUUGUUAAAAAUACCCCCAUGCUGUUUAAAAGGAAGAAUACUCAGUCUUUUAACUGGCGUGACAUAAUAAUUGAGUACACCAUAAAGCAUGUCUGAUAUAUGUAAUAAUUCUAAUGACAUUUUAUCUAAUCUCUCUGUCUUUCCAAGCUGCUGGAUCAAAUCCAUGUUAUUUAUAGCUGCACUGCUUUUUGGAGUGACUAAAAUAAGUGUUAUAUUCAAAGCAAAAAAUGAGGAAAAGAAAAUCAAACAUAAGCAGGCAUUAAAGUUUAGCUGGUUGUAUCCUUUAGAGUGUGUAGUGUCUUUGACAGCAGAUUUGAAACAGGUAGUAUGAAACUUAAAAAUGUAUGCUUAAGCACUUUAGUUGACUGAGACUUAAUAGGUAAAAUGUCAUAUUUUUUGUGUUGCUUUCUGAUAUGGUAUAGUAUGCUAAUCUGGACAAUGACUUAGGUUAGAUUUUAAUCGUUUGAGGAAAUUUGGAAUAAAACCAUCUGAAACUAUUUUGACAGUAAUGCUGUACAGACCAGAGCAGUAAGUCUGUAUUUUGUACAGUAUGUCAUGCAAGGUAGAUCUCUCACUUCAGUAUCAAACUGAAUUAUUGCAAGGUCUUCUACAUAUAUAAUUGUUGGUUUACACUGUAGCAUUGCUAUAAAGUAUAUGCAGCAUUGCUAUAAAAUAAUCAGAAGUUUCUUUCAUUUCAGGAUCACACUACUAUUUUUUAAAACCAGUUUCAGUCUCCAGAACUUGUACGAAAAAAUUCAGUUUUCCUAUUUCUUUUUAUAAAUUGAUAAAAAGAAUUUUGGGGCUUUUGUCUUACGUGCAAAAAUAAGUAACUGUGAUAUAAUGUUGUAUUGAUUUGAGGCUUUUAAAUUAAAGUUCUUGGGCUUUUGUGGCUUAAUGAUCUGAAAUGGAAUACGUAACUAUGCUUGAAAAUUAAAAUUUAAGUAUUUCUUAAGGUGUAUAAAAUAUUUUUUGGUAGCCAUGAUUCUAUUGUACCUCUUGAUUCCUCUAGGAAACCAGGGAAUUAUCAAUAAAAAAGUGGUAAGCAGUGCAAAAGUCAUAAGCAAUUUGCUUGAGUGAUCAUUUGCACAUCUGUUAACUUACUUCUGCUUAGAAAAAAAUUAAAGUUAGUGUUCCUGAGGGGAAUGGAGAUGAAAAUGCUAAUACAAAACUUUAGGAAUCUCUUAGAGAAGCUAGCAAGAUAUUAUUUCUGAAAAUAAAUUAGUGUUUAGAAGUUUUACUAUACAAAUUUCAUGUAAAAUGGAACAUAUCCUUAUACCAGCCUUCAGACCAUAAUACCUGACAUAGCCUUUUGAAUUUAUUUUGCAUAAAAUUAUUUUGCUGUAAUAAUUCAUUUCUUAAUUGAGAAGUUUUGUAACAACUCAUAAAACCUUGCUUUAAACCCCAUCUUUAAGCUGCUGAUUUUUGAUGUAACAGACUGAAUAUUUAUUAUCUAAACUGAUGGUUAAAGUAAAUUAUAGCAAAGCAUUUCCAUUCCAUUAAGUAUAGCCUCUGGGACAGCUUUAGAUACAGCAGAUAGCCCAAAAGUACAAACCAGCAUUGUAGAACGAUUCAAAAAGUGUACAUAUUUGAAGAUGUCAGGAGAAUGUAGGUACAUAAGCUAUAACUAUUCCAAGUUGGAAUUUGUGACAAGCACUGAAAUUUAUGGCCCCAUUGUUAAAUGUUGUGUGAGCUUUUAAGUGUUGACUGAUUCAUUUUGCAGCCAUUCUGAGUGAUAAAGUAUCAACACAUAGCUUCUCUCAACUGCUUCCCCACACAAACAAAUACAGUAUUAAAGGAGAGUUCUGAUUUUGUUCCAUGCUGCAGUUACAAACUCUCCUUUUCUGUGUGACUGCCACCUACAUACUUGUUGGCUGUUCUCCUUUGGAUUGUGAGUUCUCAAUUGUUGAAGUCUUGCUUAAGAAAGGAGAAGAAGGAGAAGGAAGCAUCUGUUAAAUUUUUAUCAAGUAUUUCAUGUUCAGCUUUGCUACUUAUGUAAGCUAGAACUUUAGUCAGUCUAUGUUUGUUACUUAACAGGCUUUAUGUUUUUGCAGUUUUUUGUAUUUUCAUUUCUCUCUAAGGAAAGUUCUAUACUUCAGAAUUCCUACAGAAGUCUUUAAAGAGUGUUUUGCAGAGGAGGUCAUCCUUCAUGAAAUGGUGAAGAUGCGUUCAAAUGAAUUGGAUUUACUAAUACUGGAGCCAAUGUUCUCAAAUUUUUAAAGUAAUUUCAGGUGGAAUAUUUAAUAGUGUCUUUUGUAAGUGAAGUUUCAGAAGCACAGACUUAAGUAUGAUCACAUUUCAGAAUGUGAUUGUGACAGUAAGAUUUGAGACUACAAUACUGACCUACGAGAACCUAACACCAGAGAAACUUCCUGCCUGAAGUAGAAUUAGGAGGUGGAGGGGGUCUGUGUGCAGAUACAUCAGUGCAUGUAUAAUAUAAUGCAUGGAAAUUCAGGGGUGAGCUAUAGGAAUGCCUUUUAAAAAACAAUUAUUACCUUGUUCACAAGUAUUGGGAAAAUGUCGUAUACAAAUAUAUAGAUACUACUGACAAAUGUUCUUAAUGUGAGGUUUUAAAUGUACUAGCAUAGGGCCAAAAGUUAGCAUUUAAUUGUGUGGUAUUCCAAAUGAAUGAUCUUUGGUUUUCUUCUUUUUCGUGUCAGCUGUAAAAUUGGAGCCCAGUACAAAAAGAAUGAGAACACAAAUUCAGAUGAAGUUAAAUUUAAGAAAGAUCAAAUGUAAUUUCUGUUAUUGUUAGUCUUUGUGCUAAUGUUUUGAUUGGGAUUGGAAAGUGCCCAUGCUUAUAAAGUGUAAUUCUUGCGUACUUUUACAAUAUCCUUUGUCGUGCGGUUUAUGGAAUUAGAGCCUGAGCCAGGAUAUCUGGGCUAGGAAAACCUUGACUUCGAUGCCAAGUUUCUAAACCACCAAUGCAUCCUGGUACUGACAGCAACUGUUUUUCACAAUCACCUCAGGACCUAUUUUUAAACACUGGAAUUUUAACCAAAUUUGUUAGGAAAAAGGAGCAAUACUUCUUUCUUACUGCAUGAUCACCUUUCAAUGCACUGCUGUAGUAACAAGAGAACUGGACAAAACUUGAGUUUCCAUUGGGUAUUUCACUAUCAAUCAAGAAAAGAGUGCUGGCAGCAGAGCUCUCCUUGGCUUGCAAGAGUAUUGGAACAGUCUGAUUAUAGACACUGUUGUAAUGCCCUAAAUGAUCUCAGAAUAGGAAACUUAUAAAUAAGAGUAUUGAAAACAAACUUGAAAGAGGGAAGACGUAUGCUAGGAGAGAAAAAGAAAUUGUAUUCUCCACAGAAUGAGAGGGGGCACAAAAGUGAUUGCAGAAGAAAACAAAAAAUACUUAAAUUCCCACAUGGAUUGGGAGCAGGACAGUGACUGGAAUGAGGUUAGAGUUGUCUGAUUUCUUUAGAACUUUGAAAGUGAUGAGAUAAAAUGCUGGAUAUUAAGGCAGAAGAUUACAGGGGGAUAGGAGAGGUGGAAAGGAGCACUAGAAUGACAGGAAAAAACAACUUUUUUUAAUGCAGACUGGAGCAAAUGUAAGUUACAACACAGGAGAAAGUUAUGUAGUUGACAAAAUGAUAGCAGAAUCUCAAGUGUAGCUGUAAAAGUGAAGAAAAAAAAUACAAGUUGACAGCAUUCUGAAAAUGGAAAGUAGAUCCUCCCAUCCUAAGAAUCUAUGCUUAUUAAAUAUGUCAUAUUUAUUAAGUAAUUACAAUUUACUUUGUGUGCCCUUUUGGAGAACUGGGGAGAUUGCAUAAAUUUACUGCCUGGUAUCUGCAGAGAACUACAGAGAUCUGUUUGCCUUUAAAUGCUAUCUACUGAUUUUGUGCUUUCCUUCCUGUUUGAUUUGCCUCCCCAUUUGCAGUGUCUGUAUUCAAACUGGUGUUCCCAUAGCUGGGAGGAGUUUGCUGUCGUUUAAUACAAUGCUAAAUCUGAGUGAUAGCCUGCAUGUUUAGGCAUUCUCGGGUAAUUUGCAAAGAUUAUCUGGUCUGGGUUUUAGCUGGUAUGCGCUGUAAAGAAAGAGGUAGUGAUUGUAAUUCCCUUCUUUGAAGAGCUUCAGAAUCUCUUUGACAGCAGUAUGACUAUAAUAUCUAAAGAAGGAUAUAUGGAAAUUAACUCUACUCAGAGCUAUUUCACAAGUCAGAGCCCAACAAACAAAUCUGUAGAAGUUUGGAGACCUCCAGCUAAGCAGUUUGAUGCAAUUGUAAAUUUUCUUUUGCCUCAAUGAGCCCAUCUGUAAAAUGGGAUUAUUUAGAUUUAACACUUAUUAAUACAGUCAGGAUUUUUGUAAUUCUGACAAGUAAUGAGAAGAGAAGGGCUGAUCAUUGUAAUAAGUUCCCCAAGUAAAUAGAAUUUUUAGGAGAAACAGAGAUGGUAAUUUUUUUUAUUAUUAUUUUUUUUCCUUAUCUCAACCCACUAGUUGUUUUCCAUCUUGUUUUCUCUCUGUCCCACUGGGGAGGGGAGUGAUAGAGUGGCUUGGUGGGUACCGGUGUCCUGCCAAGGUCAACCCUACAAGAAGAAAUGGGAAAAAACUUGAUAGGGUAAUUUAGGGAACAACAGGCAGAAAUGAGAAGAUUUGAGAUAUGGAAACAUUGUAGUUGUAAAUGACAGGCAGGAAUAUAUAAAGUAGCAUCUUAAGUGCAAAUCUUAAAAUGUUGAAUUUAUCAGAGGUCCAAAAUAAACUCCAUUCUACAUACUGAAAUAAAUAUAAAUGCAGUAAUAGGAACCUUUAAUUGAAUUAAACAAUUGUAUUAAAAAAAAAAAAAAAAA